CUUCUUCAUUGUAUUUAGGGCGCCAAAUUAAGACGAUGGACAGGACAGAGAUAGUGAUUCAGAGAGAGAACGCAGCCAUGGUUGGACUCCCCUACGAUUUCCUUGUUAAUCCUCUUGGCGCUGUGAGAUCAACCUUCGAGAAGGCGAUAUCAUCCGGUUCCAAUCCUGCGUCUUUUGAUGGCAAAGACUGGGGCGCGCUCGAACCAUUUCGACACUUUCUUUUCCACCAAGAUGGUCUAUCUAAGGUUCCAAUUCUUAACGCCUCUAGCGUUAGAUGGGUUCAGCCCAACACCCUUGUUCGGUUCCGGGGAAUGAUACAAGACAUGCUGGGAAAUGAGUUCUAUGUUGGCGCUUACAAGGAUGGCUCUACAUGGAAAACCACUAAGUUUAUGGAUUCGUCUCAAUGUCCUACUGGAUUUUCACCAGAUAUGCGCAUCUGGGAACGCCGUUUGCUAUACUGUGUGCCUGUUCCAGGUCAAAAUUCUUGGACAGAAUCCUCACGUUUGGGAGAGAUCAAUCAUAAUGCUGAGGGGACAUCUGAAAACAGACAAAAGCGAUGCAGGAUGGAUGAAAAUGCUGUUGAUCAUGUGGGCUUGCUGACUCCAAGUGAUGAGCUUCAAAAUUCUUCCAGUGGGAAAAAGCUGAAAGAUGAGCAACUUUCUCCGGGAUUACAAUCUCAGAAUAUUUCAACUGUGGCUACUUCUAGUCUGAGCACCGUUUGUAAUGCUGCCAGGGAUUUUCUUCCUUGUCUAGUUAAGAUUUAUGAUACUGCAGAGUCUGAGUUAAAGUUGAAUGAUGUUUUUGAGUUUAUUGGUGUUAUUACGCUGGGCACAGAGCAAAAAGUUGACAAGGAUGACUAUGAUGAGUUUUCUAAUGGUUUAAGUGAGGACUUAUCAGUUCAAUUUCCUCCCGACAUGGUACCACGCCUCCACUGUGUUAUUCACAGGAAACUUGCUGUUCAUGACUUUCUCCACACUUGCCAUGUGUUGGAGCCCACAACCCAUCGAAUUAAAGAGAUACGUACAGCUCUACUGAAUUACCUGACCGUUGCUCUUGGCAAUGAUGGAGUUGCAGCCCAUUUUUUGUUGUUGCAUCUUCUGUCCAAGGUGCAUGCCAGGGUGGAUUCUAUGGCAGUGGGUAAACUUUCACUAAACCUCACAGGUUUUAACAGAGAAAGUAUGUCCAUUUUUGGCAAUCAGCUUAGGCUUACUGUCAAGAGCCUUCUUCCAUUCACGGAAUAUAUACCUCUCACAGUGGAAUAUCUAAAUACUGCCUCACUGGCACCAAAGAAGAAUUAUGAGAUAAACAGACUGGUUCCUGGUGUGCUUCAACUGGCAGAAGGGUCACAUUUGAUGAUUGAUGAAACUCAACUAGAAGUAGGGACAUUGACUUCUCUUGGUGUCGAAAAUGCAAGGUUGCUGAAAAAUCUAAUGGAGUUGCAGAAGGUUGAAUAUGAUUUCAAAUACUACAAAAUGGAUAUGACAACCGAUGUCCAAUUGCUAAUUUUGUCCGAGGGUAAAUCAAACAUUUUGCCAGCUGAUUUGGUUGUGCCUUUCCAACCUUCAUCGGUAGGUUCAUCCGCAAUUACUGAUAUGGAUGCACUAGAAGCGUGGAGGUGGUACUUAUCUAAUGUAAGGUCAUUGUCACAUUCCAUCGAGUCAGAAAUGCAGCAGUUUGUAGAAAAUGACUUGGUGGCACUAAAGCAGGCAGAUAGGAGCUUAGGCAGCCAAGACUUAAGCAGGUUGCUAACAAUAGGUCGCCUGAUAUCUGCGAGUUAUGGAGAAACCUCACUGUCAUUGGAACAUUGGCAGAUGGUCAAGGAACUAGAAAGGGUGAGAAGGGAGAGGCUCACAUGAGGUAUUCUGUACAACACGCUUGGCACUUCAUUGUAUCUAUUCCUACCGAUGGGAGGCUUAGAUUUUGUUGUAUUGCACCAUUGUGCGUCUGUAAACCAUAUGGUUAGGAACGCAUCAGACCACAUGAAACAAUUAGACAGCGUCUAAUGUUUUGCAAACAAGUGGAGUUUUAGCGGAGUUCCAACCUCCAAGCACAGAUGAAAACCAAUUCCCACAUCGGUUCAAGAUUUACUCUUUUGCCACUAUUAUAGCGUCAUAUACUUAACUUGGAACUAACCGCACUAAAUUCAACAACAGAAAAAUCUGCCACUGCCAUGCUUUAGCAUGUGCUGCCCAAAACCACUUGUAAUUGAUAUUUUCCUUUUGGGGGUUUUAUUUAUAGCUAGUGUUGAUAAAACACUUGUCUUGGAUACUGAAUGAAAUAUUGAAUUUUCUACAGUGCUGAAGUAACUUCAAGACUUGAUUUGUACAGAUGUAAGAUUGUAGUAUUGUACACAAGAAUUGUCCAAAAAUAUCUUGUAACACGUGGCAUAGUUUGGAUAAAGUUUCGGUUGAAAAGACAGGUAGUUGAGAGAUGGAAGGUGUAUUAAGUUAUAGAUAACAUCAGUCAACUGAUUGACUAAAUUGGUUGAGAUUUGUAUAAAUGUUAAGAGUGGCAGUGGGUGGUGUAGGUAGGUAGCUUCAUGGUCACUCUUGGUUGUGUUGUGACAAAUAUGCUACGCUUUUCACACGCAGAAAAGGAGAGAACAAAUGGAAAAGCAAAGGCAAAGCUGAUGCCAUCAACAAUAAUAAGGCCAUAGGGCGGGUAGUAUCUUUAGAAUGAGCGUUAGGAAGUAUGGAACCACACACUUAUGCAAUGUAAUGGUGUCAUUUCAUCAGACAAGAACCUGAAUACGUGCCCCAGUUAUCACUAAGACCUUUGAGUUGUGUUUGUGGACCAUGUCUUGUCUUGUCUCUGAUGCCUCAAUAACCUCCAAAAAUGGUCUUUUUUUUAGGUUGUGGUUACAAAAUGGGAAUAGCAAGACGAACACAUGCCUCAUCAUUUAGUGUCAGAUCAAAAGCCUUGAUCAGAUGCAAGAAUAUGUGCUGUUCAUCUUGUUGUGUUUAACUCUCCUCUUGAUUCUCUUUUUCUUAUUCCAGAAUUGAGGGGUUAUGUAAGUCAAAGCUAUCGAUUCAUUACUACUACCCAGAAAAAAAAACAAAAUAGUAACGAAAAGA